UUUUUUGCCGUUCCGAUAUCUUCCGGUAAGAUGGCGCCGCCCAGAAAAUGCCGGGCAUGUGUUCCUCGGACAGCUGAUUAUUAGAGGGGUUUUAUGAUGUGGUUUUAAGUUUUAGUUUUGUUUCUGCUUUCUGUGCGCGUGAUUCUCACCCCCUGAAACUACAUAAUCACCGGUACUUACACUUGUCUCAUCGUCUGGAGAAUACGCAAGAGAAUGAGUGCCUCCUCUGUAAAAAAGAGCCAGGGCAUGAAGUUCGCUGAAGAACAGAUGCACAAGCAUGGCUGGAAAGAAGGUAAAGGCCUUGGGAGACGGGAAAAUGGUAUCUGUGAAGCAAUCAAAGUGAAAGUGAAAUGUGACCACGCUGGGGUGGGACAUAAUUCUGCUGAGCAGUUCACCUUUCACUGGUGGGAUCACGUCUUCAAUAAAACAGCUUCCAGCAUCUCAGUUGAAGCAGAUCAGGAUGGUGUUACGGUCAACAGGGUUAAAGAUGAAGAUGCCCCAGUGACAAACAAGAAGCCCCGAAAAGCCCUUUCUAACAAGAACAUGUUAUACGGACGCUUUGUUAAGUCUGCAACACUGCUGUCUGGUGGGGAGCAACCUGUGAAAGAGCCUUCGUCUUCAGAAAGCAGCGACAGCAGUGGUGACGAGGAUGAGAAACUGGAUUUGUCUUCUGCGACUAAACUGACAGAUGAAGACCUGAAAAAAGUUUGUGGAGGCCGCACAGCACAUAAAGGAGCCCGGCAUGGUUUAACUAUGAGUGCUAAGCUCUCUCGGCUUGAAGAGCAGGAAAGGGAAUUUCUGGCGAAAUAUGGAAAGAAAGAACAGAAAAAUAAAGAGAGAGAUGAAAAACUGGAAAGGACACAAGGCUUGCCUGGCAUGAAUAUACAGCAGAAAUAUUCUGAAGAAGGUAUCGAAACAAACAUUUCCCACGAGUCUUCACAGCACAAGAAGAAAAAGAAGAAGAGAAAAAGAGCGGAUUCUGAGAGGAAGGAAGAGUCACAGGAAAACGGUCAUGAGGAAGAGCAAAUGCCGCCUUCAGAGCAGGAAGUAAAGUCCUCAAAGAAAAGCAAGAAAAAACAGAGGGAGGAGAGUCCCUCAACCCAAGAAGAACAGCCAACAGAGAGUUCAGACUUUAGCAUGAAGCCUAAGAAAAAGAAAAAAAAGAAAAAUAAAUCAGAAUAGACUUAAUUGCUGUAACCCAUGAACAGCGCUCAAAAUCCAGGCAUUCAUUUGCCCCUGGCGCGUCCAAAACAGGCCCUGGCAUUUCAGCCCCCCCCCCAAAGUCUGACUGUCUAUGGCAUCUUACAGCAGCCCCUCUGGUAUUUGCCAGAAUCCAGUUUUGGGCCUGGGCCAAUAAUUGGAUCAUAAUGGGGCCUUAGGUAGAGGACAGGGUUUUCUAAUCUGCUCAAUUGAUCUCGCAGAUUUUCAGCCACAUACAGUCAGCUGCUUUUAUCAGGCUUUGUACAGCCAUUAUUAUACCAUGUGACACACCAUGUGAUAUCUUUUUGUCAUAUUAACUACCUUUUUAAAGGACAUAUUGAAGCCUGGAAUGUAAAAUAAUGGCAAUGGUUCAUGGUUUUGGCAAACACUCCUGGAUUACAUAAAUAUUGUAAUUUCUUAUUCAUUAAACAGACUUUUCAUAA